UGAUUUCUGUUUACAUCAAUUUGCUUUUGUGUUGUGGUUACAUUUGUAUUUAAAUUUAAAUUACUUUCAAUUUACUUUUGUCGGGGGUUUUCGGAAUAAUGGAGCAAUAUAAUGUUAUACAGACAAAAGCAAGGCGGGUGCGUUCCUACCCAACCAGAAAGUGGCUGUUUGAAGAAGAAAAGGCAUUGAUCGAAUUUUUGACACAAAACAGGGAUUUUGAGAAGCCAAUGUCUAAGAUGUAUUAUGGACGAUGUUCAAAGGAGAGCAACAUUGCGGUAGAUUGGAAGCUGAAACGCUCGAAAGUUCGUUAUAUGCGUACAACAUAUAACAAAGCAAAAGCGUGGGAAGGCUCGAGGGGUGCAGAGAGUAUGGAAGGCGAAACUAUGAAAGCCACUUUACUAAAAAUGUGUACGUUUUUUUAUGAAAUGGAUGAAAUUUUCGGCGGUAGAGUGGUUGAGUCAAGAGUAAUCAACAACAGUUUGGAGAACAAUGAAAACUAUUCGGAAGUAGACCUCAACGAGUCAGCGUCUUCUGCGGCUAUAUGCGACGGCGAAUGUAUAAAUAAGACAAUUCGUAAAGGAAUAUAUGCCAGAACUGCGGCAUCGGAUAUUCUGCAAUUUCUGAAUGUCUGAAUGAUACAGCUGAAAAAGCAGAAAAUUGAGCAAGAAAUGAAUUUUAAGGAGAAUGAGUUGGAAUUAAGGGAAAGGGAAUUGAUGAUUAAAGAAAAAGAAGUGGAGUUAAGGGAAAAGCAAGAAUUAUUACUAAMACACAAAGAAAUGGAGAUGAAACUAAAAUAAUUGGAAAGUAAUGAAAAAUUAAAAAUGAGC